UUCUCUUCCCCCAGCUCUACUACAAAUCAAGUUCUAAUAAGAAAUGCCUUGUUGGUCUUCUGAAAAUGCUACCAGAGCUUACCUCCAAGCUCUUCAAAUGGGUAAAAGAGGCAAGCAGCCCGAUGUUGCGGAGUUUAUAUCCGCUCUUGCAGCUGGAUACAAUGCACAACUGAUGGUGAUGGCUUGCUCUAGCGUUUCAGUAUCCACUGCACUCGCUCUUGUUGCAGCAGCACACCAAACUGGCGGUCGCGUGGUGUGUAUUUUACAUGGAGUUGACACCUUUCAUGACUCCGAGAAUGUCCUUGGCCUCGGUCCUUACUUAAGUUUCAUUGAGUUUGUAGCGGGGGACGCACAAAACCUGUUAAAGAACGAGUACAAAGGUGCAGACUUUAUGCUUAUUGAUUGCAAUAUUGAUGUUCAUAAAGGGAUAUUCAGAGCCGCACGAGAUCAGAGCAGAAAGCAUGGAGGGGGAGUUAUUGUGGGGUACAACGCCCUGCGUAAAGGAUCAUGGAGUGAAAUUAAUAGUCAGUUUUUACCCAUCGGGAAUGGUCUGCUUAUCACUAAAACAAGUGGGUUAGAGAAGGUUGAUAAUGGCGAUGAAGUGGUUAAAGGAAGAAAAAGGAGUCGUUGGGUUGUUACGGUUGAUAGAUGCACCGGAGAAGAGCAUAUUUUCAGAAUCACCUCAAGCAUCAAAGAGUAAUUCAAGCUUAAACUGACUCUAACAACAAAUCAUCCACAAAGCACAGACAGUAUCCAAAAAUAAAAUGGUUACGAUAUUACGCAGCCUUUUGACUCAAAGGAAACAAGUAUGAGAAGAAAGAAAGAAAGAAAGAAAGAAAAUGUUUGUCUUAAUUUCUCAUAUGGUUUCUUGGUAGGUUACAGGGGAAAGGUUGAUAAUUCUUAGCAUCUUCGUCUGGCUCAGAUUUUUUUUCGCUAAGAAGCUAGAUGUUCUGUAUAUACAGUGGAAUAGAACAACGGAAUUUUUUUUAUUAUCA